GCUUCGAAUUGGACCUCAACUUGCUUUCUCUCGAGAUCUCCUGCACAUAUCUCUAGUUAUGGCACUGGUCUCCGCCGACCCCUCCGCGCCGAAACUCGACGCCGAAAACACUGUAAAGCGCAACCCCCACCCCGAUUUCAAGAAAGUCGAAGCCUCCCGUCCACUGUUCAACACCUCUCAUCAAUGGCACUUCACCCAAGCCCCAAAGCCCAACUGGAAACCCGGGGACGGCCCAAACGAUUCUUCAGUCCUUUCAAUCCCCCACCGAGAAAUUGAUCCCUAUGCUGAAGGCCGCCCUGCUGUCCACAACUAUAAACUCCUGAUCUCGGGCAUCGUUCCUCGACCAGUGGGGUUCGUUAGCACUAUAAGCGGGGAUGGGAAGAGUACGAAUCUCGCGCCGUUUAGUUACUUCAAUCUCAUCUCCCACGAUCCGCCGCUGUUUAUCCUUGGUUUUAGUGGAGGUUAUAAUCGCCCAAAGGAUACUCUUAGUAAUCUUCUUGCUACGCAAGAGUGUGUGCUUAAUAUCAUAUCCGAGCACUACAUCGAAGCGGCUAAUUACACUUCACUCAAUGCUCCAGAAGGAAUCUCCGAGUGGCCGUUCUCAGGCUUACAUCCUGCGAAGAGUCGGAUAGUGAAGCCAGACCGAGUGCAAGAGGCGGUGUUCAGUAUCGAGGCAAAGUUGGUCGAGACGAGGGAGUGGGAGAGUAGGGUUACGCCGGGGAAGAAGACGGGGGUGUUGGGUGUGGUGGAAGGAGUGAAAUUUUGGGUUAGGGAGGAUGCAGUGGAUGAGGAGGGUGUGCUGAUUGAUCCUGCGGUUCUAAAACCCAUCUCGCGUCUAGGCGGCAUAACAUUCAGUCGUACCACCGAAGGUUUUGAGCUUCCGCGGCCAACAUUCGAUGAAGUAAUGAAAGACGAGGAGGUGGCAAAGCUAUCCAAACCCAAGGCAGACUCUCAAUAGCAUGUCUUACCAAAGCAGAUCAUUUUGGCGCUGCUCUGAAGACGAAAGGUCCAAACGAGCAACUCUAGGGAAGAACAUGGG